CUUUGAAUGAACGACACUUACACGAAUUUCGAAAUUUGCGAAGGGAAUCGUGGAAUUAUUUUUAAUUCCACCGAAUAUAUAAGUGUCUUGUGGCUUUUUUGUUUGUACAUUUAAAUUAAAGAUGGCUUUUUCCAUGUUUCUUCGCAAUUCAGCAUGUACAAGCCGCAUAUUCAGCCAGCAAGUAAUGCGGCUAGCAACACAGCCUGCCUUCGCGCAGCGCGCCGCAGCCGCCUCCGUGCCCCUCAAGAGCUUAGCUCUGAACCAGAGCAAUAGCACGCCUAUUCUUAACGCUGUGCGCACGUUCCGCACGACGGCGCCCGCGCUGGCCGAGCACGCGCACGACCACUCCAAGCUGUGGGUCAUCGAGAAGGCAGUGACAGCUGCCAUGGUGCCGCUAGUCCCCUUGGCGCUGCUGAUGCCUAACAAAAUAUUCGACUCGGUGCUGGCUAUUCUCAUCACUGCACACAGCUUCUGGGGUCUGGAAGCCAUAGCUGUUGACUACGUGCGCGCCAGCAUCUUCGGCCCCUUCAUCCCAAAGCUGGCCAUCGGCCUCGUCUACCUCAUCUCCAUCGCGACCCUCGGCGGCCUCUUCUACAUCAUCAGCCAUGACGUCGGCCUCGCCAACGCCGUCAAACAGUUCUGGGGGGUUAAGGCUAAGCAGGCGUAGGCUUUGAGUGGAUAUAGCCCUUUUUAUAUGUAUGUAUGAAGAAAUCUAGAUAGCGUUCUACGGAAUUGCCUAUCUCACCGGCUCUCAAGGCCUGUGCACACCGGCUGCGUGUGCGUGACUUGCACAUGCGCGUGCGGCGUUGUAGUAUACAGAUCCUUAUGAGAGAUGGCACACCGCUUGCGUGACGUGUGCGUGUGCGGCUCCAACAUUUUAGCGCACGCACACGCGCACGUCACGCACACGCAAGCCGGUGUGGCUAGGCCAUUAACCUUUUUUGGCGACGGAACUCACGGAACCCUUUUGGAAAGCAAAAUAUUUGACGGCGGAGCCCCAAAUUUAAAACUUUCGUUUCGUAUAGGAGUUUCUUUUUACGCUUAGACAAAAGCGUCGUCAUAUAAUUACAAUGCUAAUCACACGAAAAAAAUGUGCUUUUGUGCUUUGUGCAGACACGUCGAAUGCUCCUAACACAAAAAAAUACUAUAAAAAACCACAUGCAUAUGGAAAGGGUUAAGACCUAUUUGCAAAUCGCUAGAACCAGAUGUUUUUUAGUGAUUCAGUUUAAAUUCAAUUGUCUGGAACAAUUGAAAUUUGGUAGCACAGUCGCCAUCAGUUAUAUCGGAGCGGCCGAGGUGCUCAAAAAUAUCUGAACACGCCUCUAUAGUCAAGGCGUUAAGUGCGUGUUCAGAUAUUGUGAACACCUUGACCGCUCAGAUAUAUCUGAUGGCAACUGUACAUGUACCUAGUUCUUUUUUUGUAAGGGUCUUGGGACUUUUUUUUUAGUUUCUACUGGCGCUUGCGAUUUGCACAAUCAACGUUUAAGUUAUUAGUAAUAUUUGCUACUAUAAACUCCAAUUUAAAAUAAGUUUACUCGAUUAUUUUUAAAUUGAGAAAACAGCAUUUUCAUAUUUAAGGUAAAUUUACCUGUUUUUGGCACCAAUACAAAGGUUUUUUUUUUAAUAUUUAUAGCGGCAAAUACUACUAAUACCUAGGCAAACCUAGGAUAUUUUGAAAAUUUGGCCAGAUAUUUGACUCGAGAAUGUAUUAUUAUUACCUUUAGGUCAUCUUAUACAAUUUUUUAAGGUUACCCGAGGCUGUAAUUAUUUAUUUUAGUGACAAAUUCGAAAUUUUAAUGAGAUUUUAUUGGCUUAUGUAUUUAAGUUGAAAUUAUUUUUUUAACAUAAUGGACUAUUUGUAUAUUUGCAUGCUUGCCUCGAAUCAGACAUCUGGCUUGGGGCCGUUCAUUUAUUACGUGAGAUCUUACUGUUGCAAGAUACUUAUACGAAUCAUACAAUGUUUUUUGUUGUCAUGUUUAUGUGACUUAAAAACUAAAGUAUUUCAUGUAUCAGUUAGAAAAGUAUUUUAUACUUACGUAAUAAAUGAAUCUGCUCAUUCGAGACAAUACCAGGUACUUAAUGCGUAGCACAAUUCUUUACUUUUUGAAAGUAUUAAUUCGGUUUAGCGUAGUUAUGAUUGUGCUGUGAAGUAUCGGGGGUUUUGAUGUGAUUAAUUUAUUAUAGUUUAAUAAAGGAAGUACCUUUUA